AUGUUCCAGGUCCACAGCACCGCCGGCGCCGUCGGCUGCCUGGUGGCCGGAUUGUUUAUGCUCGGCCUCUGGCCGACCGUCUGGGCGCUGGUCGAGCGCCGCGGCCGCAUCCCCAGCCACACCUUCCUGGACUAUGGCAUCAGCUACACCCUGUUCACCGUCGCCGCCGCCGCCGCGCUCGGCCAGGCCGGCCCCUCCUCCGCCGACGCGCCGCCGUUCCUGGACGCGCUGCGCGCCGCCGACCCCCGCCUCGCCGCGCUCGCCGCGACCGGCGGCGCGGCCGUCGCGGCGGCGGACGUGCUCCUGCAGUACGGCGUCGCCUUCCUCGGCGUCGCCGUCGGGCCGCCCGCGUUCUGCGCGGUGUCGCUGCUCUGCUCCGCUGUCGCGGCGUUCUUCCUGGAUGGCCGCCGCAACGCGCCCGCGCUGCUGUUCCCCGGCGUCGCGGCGGCGCUCGCGGCGAUAGCGCUGGGCGUCUGCGCGCACGCCGCUACCAGGGCGGCGCGGCUGGCGCGCGCGGGGGCCGCGGAUGCAGAGACGGGGGACGCUGCCGAGGAAGGCGUCAGCAGCAGCGGCGGCUCGCCGACCGCGGCGGCGGCGGCGGCGUCCCCGCAGCCGCCCAUGCCGCACGACCCUGCGGCGCCGUCGCCGGCCGUCUCGGCCACUGCGCCCCCGCAGCCGCCCCCGGGCGGCCUCCGGCACCGACGGCACAACCCGCGGGGCGCGGACGGCGGCGCCCCCGCCGCCGCGCCGGCCCCCAAGCGCGCGAUCGAGGCCGCCGACUCGCCGCACGCGGGCGCCGCGUUGCUCGGCUUCGCCAUCGUCGUGCCAGGGGCGCUCCUCAACAGCGCCUCGUACGUGCUGUUCGUCGUGGCGGUGAAAGACGCGCUCGGCGUGCUGCCAGCUGGCGCGCCGCGCCUUGACGUCUACACGGCAGCCGCUCUUUAUGCGAUGGGCUUCGGCCUCAUGGCGCUGCUGGUGUCAUGCUGGGCGAUGUACGCGCCCCCGCUGGGCACCCAGCGCUCGAGCGUGUCCGGCUGGGCCGGGGACUGGCGCGGCCGCGCGCUGUGCGUGCUGUCCGGCGCGCUGACGAGCGGCGGGGACAUGCUGCAGUUUAUGGGGGGCGACGCGGCGGGCUACGCCGCAGCGCUGCUGGUGUCGGCGCACCCGCUCGUCGGGAUGGCGGUGGGCGCGCUCGCGCUGCGGGAGCUGCGGGGCGCGGGGUGGCGCGCGGUGACGCUGGUGUGCGCACAGGCGGGGGCCUACGCGGGGUCGGUCGCGCUGCUCGCGGCGUCGGCGGCUUAG